AUGGAUCCAUCCAAAGUAGAUGCAGUGUUGCAGUGGGAAACUCCAAAAUUGGUCAUGGAGAUUAGAAGCUUUUUGGGCUUGGCUGGUUAUUAUAGGAGAUUUAUCGAAGGCUUUUCUAAGUUAGCACUUUCGUUAAUGCAACUGACUUGCAAAGGUGGUGUGCUUAUGCAGAAUGAUAAGGUGGUAGCUUACACGUCGAGACAGUUGAGGAUUCAUGAAAGGAAUUAUCCUACGCAUGAUUUGGACCUAGCCGCAGGUAUUCGUGUUCAAAAUUUGGAGGCAUUAUCUUUAUGGUGGUUAGAAUUGUUAAAAGACUAUGAUUUUGGCUUGAAUUAUCAUCCGGGUAAACCUAAUGUUGUAACCGAUGCUUUGAGUCAGAAGACAUUGCAUAUGUCAAUGAUGAUGGUUAAGGAAUUUGAAUUAAUUGAACAGUUCAGAGACUUGAGUUUAGUUUGCGAGAGGACACUAAAAAGUGUUAUGUUGGGAAUGCUGAAAAUUAAUAGUGAUUUCUUAACAAGAAUCAAAGAAGCCCAAAAGUUGGAUGUGAAAUUGGUAGAUAUGAUGGCAGAGAUUUAUAUCCGUGUGAUUGUGAAGCUUCAUGGUGUUCCAUCAAGUAUUGUGUCGGAUAGAGACAUGAAUUUUACCUCUGAGUUUUGGAAAAUUUUUCACGACACAUUGGGCUCUAAGCUAAAGUUUAACUAUGCGUAUCAUCCGCAGAAAAACGGUCAGACAGAUAGGACUAUUCAGUCGUUAGAGGACUUGUUUGAGAGCUUGUGUUCUUAA